CGUCGCUGACGAUUUGGACAAAUUGGCCAACAGGGCCCUUGCAGUGGACUCGCCCCGUAGCUUCCAGCGACCACAGCACUGUGAAGGUUUCCAUCACCAGGGGCAUCGCCAUCGCCCAGCCAGCCAGCCAGCCAGCCGUGUAGGUAAUUGACAGCUUGCCAACAUCGUCGUCCCGUCGUCCCAUCGCAACCCACGCCGCGAGAAUCACGACAACACCACCGGCUCUUUUUCGAAUUGGAUUCCUCUCCAGUCCAAACCGAUUCCCUCCAACGAAUACGAACCGUCAAAAUGCGCACCCUCUACCUCGUCCUCCUCUCCCUCCUGACCCUCGCCUCCCCCAUAGCCGCUCAAUUCGGCUCCUUCUUCGACCAAAUGUUCGGCGGCCACGGUCACCAACAAACACAGCAGCAGCAGCAGCACCAAGGCCACGGCCACCAACAGCACCCCAACGUGCCCAGCGACCCGUCCAUCUACCAGGCGAAUUACCAGCGGGCGCAUUGCGACAAGUAUUUGUGUCCUGAUACUUUGGCAUGCGUUCACUACCCACACCACUGCCCUUGCCCUUGGCCGUUGCACGAAGACAAGGCCGAGUUAGCCGAAGGUCAAAGGAUCUGCGUUUCCAAAGGAGGCUUCAAGGCCGGAGAGGCAGCGAGAAAGAUAGAAUUGGCUAGGAAGGGGAUGCUCUGAGCUGCUACCCCUUUUCUGGGAAGACAGGGGAAGUGGAGCCGUUGACAAAAAGGAGGAUCACAUCAUACAUUGUAGGUUGUGGGAAACUUUGCUUGGGGUUUUUGGCGUUACAAUAUCACAAUGACAAUCUGUACAAAGAACUUAUGGAUCAAUUUCUUGGGAUUCGUUACCACUCCGUCUGUAAUGAAACUUGAG